AUGAGAAACAGCAGCAGUAGCCUGGAUUUCUACUACAUUGAGUUGACAGAAUUUGAAGAUUAUGGACCUCUCAGAUAUGUGUUUUUCACUCUGUGCCUGUUGCUCUUCAUGAUAAUAAUCUCUGCUAAUGUCGUCGUUAUCCUCACAGUCAGCCUGAAGAAGUCUCUGCAUCAGCCCAUGUACAUCUUCAUCUGCUGCCUGUGUGUGAACUCCCUGCUGGGUUCCUCCGGCUUCUUCCCCAGGUUCCUCAUGGACCUGCUGUCUGACACUCACUUCAUCUCACUUCCCUUCUGCUUCAUCCAGAUGUAUGUUGUUGUUUCCUGUGCCUCACACGAGUUGCCUCUUCUGUGCAUCAUGGCCUUUGACAGGCUUAUUGCUAUUUGCCACCCUUUACACUACAACAGUAAAAUGACACUCAAGACAGUCGUGUGUGUUAUAAUCUUUGUUGAGCUCUACCCAGCAUUACUUGUAGGCAUUUUUGUUCUGACGCUUGUUGGUUUGCCACUGUGCAGGAAUAAACUGCACAAUCUUUACUGUGCCAAGCUGAGUGUGCUCACAUGUGUGGACACAACCACAAACCGGAGGGCAGUCCAGGUUGUCUCAGUGACGACAGUCUUCCUCCCCCUGGUCCUCAUCCUGUACACGUACCUGCGCAUACUGACUGUGUGCAGGAGAAGCUCGGCCAAAGUCAAAGGGAAAGCGUUUCAGACCUGUCUGCCUCACAUACUGAUUUUUCUGAAUUUUUCCUUCUCUGUUCUCUGUGACCUGGUGAUGUCCAGCUUGAGGCAGAGCAAGAGCGUUCAUCCUGCUGUCAUAGCUGUUUUGACCUUGGAGAGAUUGGCUGUCCACCCUCUGAGCAACCCUCUAGUUUAUGGGUUCAAUCUCCCCCAGAUCAGAGGAGUGAUUUUUAGAAGAUUAAAGAUCAACAUGAAAUGUUUCUUUCUGCUGCAUGACACAAAAUCCAACAUGUGA